UGGAAACGGAAAGAAAUAAUUUGAGAUCGAUGUGCAUCGAUACGCGGUUAUUAUUUACUUGAGUUGCGGAUGCCAUCUAUCGAUCGUUUAGAAAAACCUGCGGCUACUAAACUUUUAGAAAUUCCCGUUCUCUUAUUCGAGAUAUAAAAGAUAUUUGCAUUGCCUUUUGUUGCAGUUAUCCAACCCAGAAAGACGGCAGUAUGGUUUUAAAAUUGUAUUAUGACUUUCUCUCGCAGCCAUCCAGAGCCCUUUACAUUUUCCUUAAAAAAUGUCAGAUACCUUUUGAACAACACUUUAUAAAUUUGAAAAAAGGGGAACAGUUUUCGACAGAGUAUCAGGAAAUUCAUCCUUUUCAAAAAAUACCAGCUAUUGACCACGAUGGCUUCAAACUCAUUGAAAGUGUGGCUAUUUUACGCUAUCUUUGCCGAGAGUUCAAUAUAAACAAUCAUUGGUACCCGUCUGCUUCAAAAGAACGAGCCAGAGUGGAUGAAUAUCUUGAAUGGCAACAUAUGAACACGAGGCUGCAUUGUGCUGGAUACUUCUUACUGAAGGUAUGUAAAUUUAUUCUAUUGUACUACAAUAGCAACAGAGGAGAAAACAUCAAUUGUCUAUCAACUCAACAGUUCAUACGGCCAAUAAUUUUGAAAAAACCAGCCUCGCCUGAUAAACUAGCAGCAUUUCAUGCAAGGAUGGUCAACAGCCUUGACUUAUUGGAAACAGUUUGGUUGAAAGAUAAACCAUUUUUGACAAGCGACAAAAUCAGCAUCGCAGACUUAAUCGGUGCAUGCGAAGUCGAGCAAAUGAGGAUUAUUGGCUACAAUCCGUCCGAAGGUAGACCUCUUCUUAUGGCCUGGCUGGAACGAGUUAAAAAUGAGACCCACCCAUUCUAUGAAGAAGUUCAUAAGCCCAUUGACGACCUGGCGCGCAAGUUCGCCGAACAAUCGUCAGCAACACGUAGCAUGCUAUAAAUUGGGUUUACAAAGUAGUAAAAGGACCUUGUUCGAUCACUAAUCUGCGUAACUUCCUGACAAGUUAUGGUUAUUAGACGUCACAAAAAGCGUAAAGUUGAGUAACACAUGAAGGAAACCAAGGUACAAUAAUAAGUGUUCACUUUAAAUAAAUUCUAUGUAAAUAAUAUGUACUUUUAUACAUUAAAAUGUUACUUGAAAUAUACAAAAUAUGCGUA